UGUCCUUAACCACAUUUCACAUGGUCGGCUUACUCGGCGCUGUUGAUUAUUGAUUAAUUCGAGAAAAUAUAAAUUUUUUAAUUUUCAUUACCGCGUUUCUCGUACUCAUCACUGCUUUCAUCACUUAAUCAGACAAUAUUCUAUUUGUAUUGUACAUUUUGAUUUCAAUCUAGAACAAAAUGAAGCUAAAACGCAAUCCAUCUACUGAAGAUAGUAUUAAAAAAAAACAAAAGCUAAAUACUGAAGAUUCAAUUGACUAUACUAAAUCAUUAACAUCAGAAGAUGCUGAAACAAUUGAAUCUGGAUUUGAAGAAUUAGAUAAUGCUGAUAAUCCUCAAGCCAUUAAAAAAAAAGUACCAAAAACUGAUAAACAGAAUAAAUCACCAAAGAAAUUUAAAGAAAAAACAAAUAUUAAAAAUGAUGAUAAGCCUACUGAAAAACCUAAUUGGAAAGAGUUUAAAAAAGAAAAACAAGAGCUUCGACUAAAACGUAAAACUCAAAAAUGUCCAUUUUAUGAAGCUGUCGUGAAAGCUAAAAAGAUCUGGGAACAUGUGCGUCGUGAUGAUUGUCCCAAAGAAAAAAAAGAAACCUUACUGAAGGACCUUUUUAAGUAUUCCAAACCCCAUUUACAAACAAUGGUUUAUUCACAUGACACUGCUCGUAUAGUUCAAUGGAUGUUGAAACUAGGAACACCAGAACUUCGUUCACAAGUCAUAAAUGAGCUAAUAAAACAUGUUCCAAAAAUGAUACUUUCUAAGUAUGCUUGUUUGUGUGUAAAAAAUAUGUUAAAACGAGGUGAUGCAGAACAGCGUAAAAUUAUAAUUAAUUCCUUGAAAGGAAAAGUUUAUACAUAUACAUUACAUACAAACUCAGCUAAGAUCAUGGAUUUGAUUUAUACAACUUAUGCAACACCAGACCAGCAGAAUGCAAUGAUGCAUGAGUUAUAUGGUGCAUCUAGUAUCUUAUGUGAUUCACCCAAUGUAUUAUCAUUUACUGACGUAUUGAAGAAUUCACCAAACACAAAGGACAUUAUACUUGCAAAGACAAAAGAUCACAUUAGAAAAUUUGUUUUAAAACAAAAGACUUCUAUGCAGACAACAUUAGUUCAUAAUUUGAUAUAUGAAUACGUUUUAUAUAAAAAUGGACAAGAAUGUGAUGAACUGUUCACUUCACUUAAAGAAUUUCCAAUAGAACUAUUUUAUACAUCCAAAAGUGGUUGUCAUCUUGCUAUGUACAUUAUAUGGUCUGCAAACUCUAAGGAGAAAAAGUCUAUACUGAAACAAAUUAAGACUACUGCUGCUACGCUUGAUUUAGCCACAUCAGAAUAUGGAUAUUUAAUUUUAUUAACUCUUUUUGACUCUGUUGAUGAUACAGUUCUAGUAAAAAAGACAAUUAUUCCUGAAAUUUUGAAACACCUUGAAGCAAUUGCAACUAAUGAGCAUGGCCGUAAGGUUAUAUUAUCAUUGGUGGCUUGGAGAGAUUCAUCAUAUUUUCAUCCUAGAGACAUUGAUCUAAUGAAAAAAGGAGAAUCAUUAAAAGACUGCAAAAAAGAUGAUAAUGUGCGAGUAAAAGAACUCUUAGAUGCAAUUUCCGAUGGUUUUCUACAGCACAUUCUAAAUAAUCCAAAGUUCUGGUUAAGUAGUGGAACAAUGGCAAUGGUAUUACUAGGAAUACUAAAAUCAUGCAACGGAGCAAAAUUGAAAGAAGCAAUGACAUCUGUAGCAAACUUUUUAAUUGAUCCUAAUAGUAAAGUAAAGGAUAAAAUUGGAAAAGUUCCUGUUUAUGAACACUCUGGUAUUCAUUUGGUAUUAAGAAAGAUAAUAGGACACGAUAAGAUUUUAGCAGAAAAUAAUGAAGCAACAUUUUCUGAAAUAUUAUCAUCUGUAAUUACUACUGAUACAUUAAAAUCAUGGGUUAAAUGUAACCGUGCCUGUUAUUUGCUUGUUCUAAUGAUUGAAUCCGAAGUCGAGUUGGCUGUGAAAAAUAUAAAAUCACUGUUUUCAAUAACAAUGAUGAAUUUGUUAAAGGAACAAAAAUUUGCUGGGGCCAAAGUUUUAGUGACCAAGUUAAACUCCCUAGCGACCAACAAAUAAUUUAUUUUUGAAAACCGUUUGAAUAUUAGACAUUAAACAAUUAAAAAUGUGUGUAUAAUACUUAUAAGAGAUAAUGAUAUCUAUUUUCAUAUAUAUAAGUAUUAAUUAUCUUUUUCCUAUUAUCUACAAUUUGUAUCAAAAAAAAAAAAAAAUGUAUUUUGUGGAUUAUCAAUGUAUAUUGUUGCAUUUUUAUCUGUUUUAUUAAUGGUUUUUUUUUUUAAAGAUACUGUAUAAAUGUCAAACAACUUGAAUAAAAAAAUGUUAAUUAUUA